UGCCAGCGGGACCUGAAGGGCAAGCGAAAGGGACAGAAGACGGCAACUGGAGUGACCCAAGACCAUCACAUCGGGUCACACGUUGGAUUUCACUUGUGGUCCCUGGCACUAGUCCCGAAAUAGGCAAUGUAUCGGUCCUGGCCUGGUUGCCGUUUGUCCCUGAUUGGGUUACGAUUUCAAAGAUCGGCUGGUGUGACUCCAUUCCGACAUUCUCUUCAAAAGACAGACCCAAAAACAGACCCGAAACCGCUCAGGCCCGAGCCGCGGAGAGGCCUACUCAUCACGGAAACGUCGAAUAAUAGGCCAAAACCUGCAUGUGUGUCACAGGUAAAACCAAGGUUACCUUAUAAUAGAAAUCCUAUAGCGUUGGAGACAUCAUGGUGCGACCGCCCCAGCUCGACGGACAAAACAAUGCUUUUGGGUCACGUGCUCUUCCUUGACCACUACGGGUUCGCUGAUGAGGAUGGCUUGGCUCCUCACCGCAUAAACUCGGCGACCCGGCGGGAACAGGGAACAGAAAAGGCGGACGAAAUCCUCCCGUCUUUGGUUUGUACCUCAACCACACAACGCAUUCGUUGACCCGCCCUGGACCGCCUGCCUCCACCUCACACCUCACACGAAUUG